AUGGCCUCAACAAUGAAGCACCGAUCCCGGUACCAUCAACUGCUUCCAUUGCUUCUGCUCUGCUUGGGCAUUGCUCAAACAACGCAAGGAUGCGUCGAAACCAUAUCUGCGUGGGACAAUUGCUUACAAAGCUUGGAUGGGGACAUCGAUCGACGGUGCCUUUGGCGUUGCUCGUCUCUGCCUCCUGUUCUCCCUGACCUGCCUGUGGUUCCUUCUGUACCCUGUCCGCGAUUCGCCAAUUGUGUAGGCAACAGCACCAGCGCAUUUCCAAGUGCUUCACCAAGCGUCAGUUCGGCACCAAGCGCCUCUCCCAGCUCACUCCCAAGCUCGGCGCCAAGUGCCUCACCCACAGUCAGGGGUCUUUGCAACGAGUAUUCCUUGCAAGUGUGCUGUAUUGCAAUCUGCGAUCAAUGUGAUUGCCACGCCCAAGCCGUGGCUCACCGCGACUGCAUUGCUGGACUCCCCUCGGAGCAGUAUAAUGAGAUCAUGACACAAGCCGGCUUUGAUGGCUGCACUGGAGUGCCAGAAGCAUGCAACAACAACAGCAACCAAGCCACUGCCCAUACAUGUACUACCGGUGCCGGUACCCAAACCAAUGACAGUGCAAGCAUUUUCGUUUCCUUGUUAGUGUCGUCUUCCACAGUUCUGGCAACCACAGUUGCUUUCCUAUACCUCUAA